CUCCGCGCGGCUGAGACUGGAAACAGCGAGUGCGCAAAAGCUGUGGGGAUGAUGCCUGAUGCUUCCACCUGUCUUUAUCUGCAGUGUCUACUACAUCUUCUGAAGGUCAUCCUGAUGUGGCAGAGGUGAGACGAGAGCAUCAUGCUGGAGCCUCCGGAGCCCUGCCGGGAGAUUUUGGAGUGGCUGUCCACGCUCCGCCUGUCCCAGUAUACCUCAUAUUUCAAGCUAGCAGGCUAUCAAGCUCUGGAAGACUGCAAGGACCUCACGGAUGAGUGCCUCCAGGAGCUCAAAGUGCUUCCAACAGGCCAUCGCAGGCGCAUCCUUCGGAGUUUGGAAGCGCUAGGGGUGAAGCAGUCGAGCGGUGGAGAGGAAGAUGAAGAUGAAGAUGAAGAGGGAGGAGAAGAGAACAGGAGGGGUCGAAGGAAGCCCGUACCACACCCGAGACAUAUCUUCCUGAAGGAUAAAAGGAGGGGGACUACAUGUACGCACCAACAGUCAAAGGAGUGGAGGGAGUAUGUGUUGGAAGGGAGUAAGACUUUACCACCAGGAGCCGGACUGGGAACGGGCAUUGAGGACACCCCAGACGGAAGAUGCGUUCGCCCGCCUCAACCUGCCCCGCGCAAUCCCCAGAACAUCCAAACAUCCCUGCCUGAUGAUCCCUGUGUCCCUGCCUCCGUGUCCUCCUCCAGCAGCAGCAGUGAGUCCAUCUCCAUAUCUGAAACGCCCUCAGACUGGGAGAUUUCCUCAGAGGAUCCCUCGCUGUCCAGCACCGACUCCGUCCCAUGUAUGGCCGAAGUCCCCCGCCCAUCGCUCACUGAAGACAGUUUGUGUUUUCACGGUAAAAUGGUGGAAAACUCCAUCUACGAGGCACAGCCCAGUUUUAAGGUUCGUGCAGGUCCACGGCUCACUCGCUCCUACCGGCUGAGGCACCGGCCCGUCCCUCAGAUCCCGAUUCACAGCAUGCUGCCACUUCAGGACAGGAGCGCACCACCGGCGCAAACAACAAGCCCUGAACACCUCACCGGCUCCGAAGGUCCCACCGGUGCAAACGGCAUACAGAAAGCUCCACUUCAAAGAACCUUGACGCCCAUUUCUCCCUAUGGAGAAAUGUUCCUGUACAACAACCCUGAAAACACUCCGGACCAAGGCCCUAAAGAAGUGUUCCAGAAGGGUUUUAAGGACAAGAUGAAACAGAAGAAACCGAGGAAAAAGACCCUUAAACAGAAGAAAUCCAAGGAAAAAGACACUCCCCCUGCUCCUACUAUCCCAGACUCCUUCAAAGACGAAUACUCCACAGUGGAAGAUUGUUCCAGCAUUUUGCCACGAGCCAGUUUGGACCAAAGUUUUCCAGUCACCCGUGAGGCUCUCGCUGUGGGGCCAGCUGCCUCUGGCCCUAAGGAUGGAUCUUUAAUCAUGGUGGAGUGUGACCUCUACUCAGAGCCUGCAGACGCUCUGGGAGGUGGGACCAGCAAUGCACGGCCUGAUAUUUCUCCAUACGCAUGCUUCUAUGGAGCCCCCAAACACCAGGUGCUCAAAGUGGGUUGGCUGGACAAGCUGUCACCUCAAGGGAAGUGUGUUUUCCAGAGGAGGUGGGUGAGAUUUGAUGGCGAGAGUCUGGCCUACUACAACAAUGACAAGGAGAUGUACUCCAAAGGCAUGAUCCUGGCUAGUGCUGUGAGACGGGUGCGAGGACUGGGCGACAACAAGUUUGAAGUGGUCACCUCCCUUCGGACCUUCGUGUUCCGGGCCGAAAGAGAAGGGGAGCGCCAGGAGUGGAUGGAAACUCUUCAGACGGCCACGCGCCCCCCCGCCUGCGGCUCCCAGAAGCGCUCCGACAGCCUCUCCCGCCCCUCCUCCACAAACAAGCGAGGCUUGCUGGAUCUCCGCGGUUACAAAGGCAGAGUGCUGGUGUCCCUGGCGGGGAGUAAAGUCAGGCUCUGCAAAACAGAACAGGACUAUAAAGCGGGCCUGGCUAUUGCUGAAGUGGAACUGGCUGCUGCCAACAUUAGAGACGUGGACCGCAGGGGCUUUGAAAUCAACACACCCUUCAAGAACUUCUGCUUCACGGCCGAGUCAGAACAGGAGAAGGAGGAGUGGAUUGAAGCGGUCCAGGAAUCGAUUGCCGAGACACUCUCCGACUAUGAAGUGGCAGAGAAGAUCUGGUUCAACGAGGCCAACAGGAGCUGCGCCGACUGUCGCGCCCCGCAGCCGGAGUGGGCGUCCGUCAAUCUGGGUGUGGUUGUCUGUAAGAAGUGUGCAGGGCAGCACCGCUCCCUCGGCCCAAGUAUGUCCAAAGUGCGGAGCUUGAAGUUGGACAGCAGCAUCUGGAGCAAUGAGUUAGUAGAGCUCUUCCUUGAGGUGGGGAACAAGAAUGCAAACAGUUUCUGGGCUGCUAAUCUUCCCUUGGAGGAGGAACUCUACAGCGGGGCUUCGGCAGAGCAGCGCGCCACGUUCAUCCGCAGGAAGUACAGGGAGAGGAAGUACCGGAGGGUCCUGGAGGGCUUUAAUGACCUGGAGCAGCUCAACAAGGCGCUGUGUGCAGCUGUGGUGUUGCCUGACGUGCUGCAGACCAUGGCGCUCGUGUUCAGUGGGGCAGACGUUAUGUGCGCCACCGGGGAUCCAACCUCCUCCACCCCGUAUCUCUUGGCCCAACGUGCCGGGCAGAGGCUACACAUGGAGUUCCUUCACCACAACAAACUGUCGGAUUUCCCCAUCCUGGAGCAGUGGUUGGAGAGCACCUCUCUGUCUGAAGCUUCCCUCUUCAUGGAUGGCUUCCUCUACAUCUCCUCCGGCCCUGCCAAGACGACGUUGGACCGCCGCGGAAGAGAUGACAUGGCUCGUCGUUGGUGUACAUUGGAGGGCGGCUUCCUGAGUUACUACGAGAGCGAGCGCAGCCUGUCGGCCAUCGGCAGGGUGGACGUCUCCGAGGUGGUUAGCCUGGCUGUCAGCAGCACAGAGACGAUGACUGGAGCUGGGGCUGUGUUCACCGUGGAGCUGUACCUGCAGACGGAGCGGCUACUGAUUGUCGGCGCCGAAACACAGGAAACUCAGCACGACUGGAUCCAGGCGCUAACAAAGUGCUUCGUCCCGGCUCAAGUCGAGGCACUGGUGCAGAGAGACGGCGAGCUGAUCGGCAGACUGCACUACAAAGAAGGCUACGACCUGUACCACUGGAGGGUGGGCUGGUUUACACUGGAAGGCUCUGCCCUGCACUUCAGCUCGGGAGAAGAAGAGGGAGAGGAGGAAGUGCUCCGACUCAAACGGCUACAGGAGCUCACUGUCUCCACACAUACGGAGGGUGAGGACAAGAUCCAAGUCCUGCUGAUGGUGGAGGGAAGAAGAACAGUUUACAUCCAUGGCUUCAACAAGAUGGACUUUGCACUGUGGCACUCUGCCAUCACACUGGCUGCUGCCACAGAUGGCAAGGCGCUCAGCGACCAACAGCUAACUAAGAACGGUGUCCCCAUUAUAGUCGACAGUUGCAUUGCUUUUGUCACCCAAUAUGGUUUGUGCCAGGAGGGGGUCUACCAGAGGCCGGGGGACCCUGGGCGAGUAGCCGACCUCCUGGAGGAGUUCACCCGGGACGCCCGUAAUGUGAAGCUGAGGGAGACAGAGCACCACCUGGAGGAUGUGACUGACACCCUAAAGAACUUCUUAUCCCAAGCGGAGGAUGCACUGCUGACCAAAGAGCUUUAUCCAUACUGGGUGUCAGCUCUGGACGAGACGGACGAGAGGCCGAGAGUAAAGAAGUACUCCACUUUCAUUGAGAGUUUGCCAAAGAUAAACAGGUCAACCCUGGAUGCUGUGCUCCAACAUCUGUACAGGAUUCAGCAGUGUUCCCACCUCAACCACAUGCAGAGCAAAAAACUGGCCUCUGUCUUCUCCACCUGCUUGUUCCAAACUCGGGGACAAACCCCACAGGAAAUGAGCGUCAUCCACGACCUCAUCAGCAACUACAUUACACUCUUCAGCGUCAAUGAAGACCGGGUGCAACAGAUGGAGAGAGAGAAUAGUUUCAUCACACGCUGGAAUGACAAGAAGGACACCACGUUCUCUCCAGCUGGGGACUUGAUCUUCGAGGUGUACCUGGAAAAGAAAGAGCCAGAGAACUGCUGUUUAAUCAAGGUCUCUCCCAGCAUGCGGUCCGCGGAGCUUGCAGAAACCGCGCUUUGUAUGAGGAACGUCACCUUUAAGGCUGACGACUACUGGAUCACCUUUGAAGUCAUUGAGAAUGGAGAGUUAGAGCGUCCGUUACACCACAGUGAGAAGAUUCUUGAACAGGUGCUGGAGUGGAGUACUCUAGACUGCCCUAGGUCUGCUUUUCUUGUUAUAAAGAAAUUCACAGCGGCCAAAAGAGUGGCUGAUGGGAAAGCAGAUCAAAUGCAGUUUAUAAAAGGAGACUAUCUGAAGUUCAACGAUGGAUCUUCCAAACUGCUGUCGGGGCACAAAUUCCAGGACAAAUAUGUUGUACUACGUGCAGAGACUCUGCAGCUCUACAGAGAUAUCAAAGCCACGAAAGCAGAGAAAGUGAUCCAACUCAACUCUGUGAAAUGUUACCUGGGCCUGAAGAGAAAGCUCAAACCUCCAACCAGCUGGGGCUUCACAGUCUACACUGAUAAACAACAAUGGCAUUUCUGCUGCGAGUCGAGGGCGGCGCGGGUCAGCUGGGUGACGGACAUCGUCAGGAUGAAGUACGGUUCGGACCUCUGUUCAAAGACGGGCGACUCAGAAGAAGCUGCAGAUCACAAACCCUCCAGAGGGGGAGCUGUGCCUGACGGCCGGAACAUUUCGACACACAACCACAAUACCAGCAAACAGCUGACAGACGAGAGGUCCAAGGACGCCACCCUGCACCGUAAGACAAACGCCACAACCAACUUUCCGAAGCACCACGACGCGUUCAAGGCCCCGGAAGCCCCGUACAGAAGAACCCCUGCGGAUGCUCACCAGCCUCAACCUCACCCUUCCCCGUCCUCAUCCAGACGCUUGCAGCCCAUGGCUUUGCCUCUUCCUCCUCAGAGUGGCUUCAAGACCCUCGACAAGAGACCUGCUCUGGGCGGGGAGUUCAUGAUGCCGCCUAAUCUGCUGACUGAACUUAGCUCGGUGCUAAGCAAGACUAGUCGUGGUGCCAAGAGCAACGACUGACAGGAUGUCAGGAGGAGGAGAGGUACACAGAAGGGUCAGUUUGAACGGUAAGACACAACAUUACACGGCCGAGUAUACAAAGAAAGACGUGGCAGAACAAGACCACACGAUGCUGAUGGAGCCAAAGAAA